AUGUUAAUAGACCCAGCAGUGUUGAAGGGCUGGCAGGACGAGCUAGACGCUCAGGCCACCAGUAUAGGCAAUAUGGAGAGGAUGACGGUGUCUAUUUUUGAGCUGUUGGACUCCAUCGGGGCUCCCAAGCCGCAGCCGCCCAAAGACUCCUGCACGACUCUCAAGCGUCCGCCUCCCGAGGACUUCUGCGCCGCUCUGAAGCCGCCGCCUCGCAAACGUUACUGCACGGCUCUCAAGCUGCCGCCGCCUCCCGACGACACCAGCGGGGCUCUCAAGCCACCGCUGCUGCCUCCCGACGACUCCAGCGAUCCGAAAGAUCAUCUUCUGCCAAAGCCCAGACUGGAGAACAAUAAAUCUGGAAUUGUAUUUCAGAGAAAUAUUUUUAAUGAUACAAGAGGAGAAGUUGAUAUCUGUAAAUUCCAACCCUCCUCCCCACAAGAACUUAUUGAAGAACAGAACAUAUUCAGCUCAAUAGCUUGGCCCCAAACACCACCCCUGCUGGGUAACAAGUGCACCAACGCCCGUGGCAGUAGCUUUACUCUUCACAGAGGCGCUGGAGGGCAACAGUGGCAUGUUGGCGAUGAACUGAGAGUAACUAUUACCAUGAAGGACUUCCUGGGCAAACCAAAGAAGACUGGAGGAGAUGUCCUAGUUGCCCGAGUCCACAACUCAGUUCUUCAGGCUGGUGUUGCAGGGCAAGUUAUCGACCAUGAAAACGGCUCCUACACAGCCACAUUUCCUUUACUCUGGACUGGAAAAGCAACCAUCGAGGUGACUCUUCUUCAUCCCAGUGAGGCCGUCACAGUAAUAAGAAGACUGAACAAAGACAAUCCAGACAGAGUUUACUUUAAAAGUGUUUUCCGCCUAAAUUCCAUCUCUGAAACCAUGAACUGUAAUUUCUGCCUGCGACCCACCAAACUGCCAGUGUGUGACUUCACCGACCUGCGCACAGGGGAGCCAUGGUUCUGCUUCAAGCCAAAACAGCUGGGCUGUGAAAGCAGAAUCAGCCAUUUUAUGGGAGGAUAUCAUGAGAAAAUAUACCAUGACCCUGGUGAAGAAAAGGUUUUCCAAAUUGGUGUCAACAUGAAAGUGAAACUGAGAUCUGAAGGACCAGCGUUUGUGAACGUGCUGCCACAGAGGAAUGAGAGGAACAGAACCGUAGAGAACUUGGGACAUUCUGGAUAUUACUACCGUGGAGAGUGGCAGGCCCUGGAUGGGACCAGAGUUCAGCAUUUUCAAAAGCCUGCUGCCAUGAGUAAAUGUCUCCAAGGAAAGAAGAUCUACAUGUUUGGAGACUCCACUGUCAGACAGUGGUAUGAAUACCUUGUUGAAAAACUGCCAGGUCUGGUGAAUUUUGAUUUCCACAAUGGCCCAAUGACCGGACCGUACAUGGCGACCGACAUUGCAAACAACAUCUUCAUGCUCUACCAGGUCCAUGGUCUGCCCAUACGUAUACGACCCAUCUCAGUCAGCAAGGUUCGAUACGUUGCCAAUGAGCUGAACUCCAUCGAGGGAGGAGCAAACACCGUUGUAAUUUUGGGUAUCUGGGCUCACUUUGGUUCAUUACCUGAUGAGGUUUACCUCAGGAGACUGCAGCGCAUCCGCAACGCUGUUGUGCAAUUGUUGAACAGGUCUCCAGGCACACUGGUUAUUAUUCGCACUGGAAACAUCAAAGACCUGUCUGCUUCUAGAGCAGUAUUCAACAGUGACUGGUCCACCAUGCAGCAGAAUAAGAUACUUCGAGCUGUGUUCCACGGAGUGAAUGUUCGCUGGGUGGAUGCCUGGGAGAUGACAUUGGCACAUGAUGCCAGGUUUCUGCUUCACCCCCUGCCCCCUAUUAUCAAGAACAUGGUGGAUGUGGUCCUGUCCUACAUCUGUCCUCUGAAGGAGGGAAAGGUGCUUGGUGGCAAGAGCGCUGUGGCCGUCUCCUGA